AUGAUUCUAGUGCAAUGGCCGUGGCAAAUACGGCUGUUUAUCAUUUUCAAUUGUUCCCGUUUUGCACUUGGAGGUUAUAAUCAACGAUACCUUCUACACUAUCUGCUGAAAGAAAGACCAUACAAUUCAUUCGAACGACCAGUGCUCAACGAUACACACACAUUACCUGUUCGAAUGAAUUUGGCUUUACAACAAAUCAUUCAUUAUGAUGCAAAAAAUGAAGUUAUUGUUCUGAGUGGCUGGAUGGUUCUCGCAUGGAACGAUUGUAAUUUGAAAUGGAAUCCGAAGAAUUUUGGUGGCAUUGAAACGAUACGUGUACCGAGUACGCAAAUUUGGCUUCCGGAUAUUCUUCUCUACAACAGGUGA